UUCAAGCUAUAAAUAAAUCAGUCAAUUUACAAAGAUUUGAUAAACUCCGAUUGUCAAUCAUAAUAAUCCUAGUUGUGGAUUGUAACAAAACAAUUAGUACGGUCAGUUCUGAAUCAGGGUUUUUUAGAACUCUUAACUAUACUAUUAAUUAAAGAUGAAUGGAAAUUGAAGCAUAAAAAGAUGAAAAAUGAAUCAUUUCGGACUAAUUUCAUGCAUUGCCGCCAGAGCUCUGGAAGCCGCCAGCGUCUAGCGGAGUUGCCAGUUUGUUUCACCCCCGAGAACGUAGUUGAUUUGUUUACAUACUUAUUCUGCGUUACAGAGGGAAGCCUAUGUACGAAUGGCAAUUCCUUAAAAAACAGAAAAUGACUGCACCAUCGUGAAGUUAAUUUGGCAUGUGGUUUCUUCAAACCACAAUUUUUUAUUUUAAACGUGCAUCACAGUAAUAUUAGACUUCAAAAUGGACUCAAGAAGUCGGGAACGUGAAGAAAUUGGUCUUCGAGGAGUUGAGAGGGUGUGGGGAAAAUCUCCCACAAGAAUUGAUGACUCUGACGAAGAUGAUGAAAAAAUGAUGCACAAGCAUAAGGACGAAACACUACAAAGCAGUAAAAAAAGAAAAAAGAAGGAAAAGAAAAAGAAAAGUAAGAAAUUGAAAAAGGAAAAAAAGGCAAGAAAGGAAAAGAAGAGGAAGAAAAAACGAAAGAGGAAGCAUUCAGAGAGUAGUUCAGAUGAUACGAGUGAGUCGAAUGAUGAAAAAUUGGAAUGGGUUGAAAAAUCAGCCAAUGUGGAACGCAAGAGGUCGAGGAAGAAUUCUAGCUCAGAAGAAAGUGCAGAUGACGGGAUUGUCGGCCCGAUACAGAAACAGCAUGUGACGCUGUCUGCAAAGGAUUUUGGAAAAGCUUUGCUACCAGGAGAAGGUGCAGCCAUGGCUGCUUACGUAGCAGAAGGAAAAAGAAUCCCGAGACGUGGUGAAAUUGGCUUGACAUCCGAUGAAAUUGCUUCCUAUGAAUCUGUCGGCUAUGUUAUGAGUGGUAGUCGACACAGACGAAUGGAGGCUGUACGUAUUCGUAAAGAAAAUCAAAUUUACUCGGCAGACGAGAAAAGAGCGCUGGCAAUGUUUAGCAAAGAGGAAAGGCAAAAGAGGGAAAAUCUUAUCCUUGGACAAUUUCGUGAAAUGGUCCAUCAAAAACUUGCUGCAGAACAGAAUAAAUAAUCACGUUCCAAUAGACGAUUUUCUAUCUAUUUGUCUAAUAAUUAUUCUUAAAUAACACCAAAUUUACUAAAUGGAUAAUAGCAAAGAGGAAAGACGGGAGAAUAUUUUUUCAGUACAGAUGGACGAUUUUAAUUAAAUUGAUCCUUCUAAUAUUAGAUAUGCAGCACAAUAAGUAAUAACUUUAUUACAGAUGAUUUUCUCUUCAUGUGUUUGUAUCAUAUUGACUGUAGAUUCUACAAGCAACAAGGAUUUAUUUAAUGUUCAUAUGAAAUAAUCAUGUUUAAUCAUCUCAAACUGUAAAUAUUAAAGAUACUGAAUUGAAGGAAAUUCUAGGAAAAACAAA